UGGGCGCUUCCAAUGAUGGAGAAAUACGCACAGAAGGACAACAUGUUUUCUUUCUACCUUGCCGAGAAGGGCACAGUCCACUAUUCAAUCAACUUAGAGAACAAGGGGGUAUUUCUGGAGGGGUUGGAUGACACCAAGCCACUCUGGGCACUUGUUGACAUCUUCGGCAAGACAGAGGAGAUUUCAAUUGUUGAUGAAGAAGCAGCGAAAGAAGCGGUCGAGGCUUUCGAGAAGUCGGUGGGAAACCACAAGGGCGACGGAGACGAUGAUUCCGACCAUUCCUCCCGCAUCUCCUUCAACGACAUGCGCGGGACCAACAUCCGGUUGGAGGACAAACACAAGGUGGUGCGCCGGAAACGGAACACUUUCUGGAACAGCCUGGUCUUUACGUCACGACCCAUGGUGACCAAUGAGAUGCUGUUCGUGGAAGUCCUGGAAGUGAACGCCCAGUACGCAGGCGCGAUGGGGUUUGGCGUGACCGCGUGUGACCCCGCCAAGCUCGCCAGCGAUACGGAAAAGACGGGUUUGCCGGACAAUGCCGACAUCUUGGUCAUGAAACGGUCAGAACUCUCGGAAUACUGGAAGCUGAGUAGAGAAAUAAAAGUGCCAUCUAGCGGAGACAAACUGAGCUUCAUGAUCACGGAGGAGGGCAAUGUUCACUACGAUGUGAACGGGGCAGGCUCCAUCGUGCUAUUGAACGUUGACCUUAACAUUGGUCCAUUGUGGGCACUGUUUGACGUGUACGGAAGCACGCAGGCUAUCAGACUAUUGGGUGUCAUGAAAUGCGAAGACACCCUACGACAGGUGGAACAUGCCGAGGAGGAAGAUGACUUAGAUGACGUCUUGAUGGGAACGAAACCCAAACAGGCGGAGUUAGACCAUGACACGGAGUGCUCCAUGUGUUACAAGAAAGAACGACCGAAGGACAGUGUCGUGUAUCCCUGCGCGCACGUCUGUCUGUGCCACCUGUGUGCCAUCAAACUCAAGAAGUACAUCCCCAAAGCGUACUGCCCUGUCUGUAGUUCACCAGUGAAAGAGGUCAUCAGAUUGCUCGCGUUCUGAUGACGAACUACGUCAAAACUGAAGACGUGUGGCACCAGAACUGAUGACGAUUGUCCAUGACGUUUUAAGCAUUUCGGCAUGACAACGCGAAACUGUUGCAGGCAUAAAGAUGACACAAAUAUUUUCUUAUGGCGACAAAAAGAUUUCAUACAAUGCAGUCUUUUAUUCAGAAAAAUAGUCUCUGUUUAAGUUGUGGUCUUCGUAAAUCUACGAAAAGCUACCCAAGAUACCAAGACCGUUAUACGCAAAACAUGACCUCUAGCGAAAUAUACAUUGCAGGUUGUAUCAAUAAGCAAAGAAAGAUAUGUUUUCUUCACUGUUUUGAAGGGAAAUAUAAUAUGUAUCUGCUUGCAUUAUAUCGCAAGGUGUUACAUUGUUGCGGUUCGAUUACGUUGUAAUAAUUAUUGUAGGUGACUAAGUUCUGUCAAAAUGCUAGCUACCACGUUGUUGUUGUUGCAUACUUGUACUUGUAUCAAGUGACUUUUGGUGAUUAUUGAAGCUAAAGAUUCCAUGACAUUGUACAGUUUCAUAGAUUAUAUGAUUAUAC